AGCUUCCGGGAGAAAAUGCGGAGGCUAAGAGGGAUCUGGAUUGUUUUCGGUGCCUCCGGCCUAGGAGGGGCUGGACGACCCGCCGAAGGUUCCCGCCUUGGCCUCCGGGUCCAGGGUUGCACCCGGCCUGGUCGGUGGCCUGGCACAGUCGGGAGGUUUCUGUACUGGUCGUGCCUCCGGAGGGGAGAGGCGCGCCCACAGGUCGCUGAGCCAGACUCCUGUUUCUCCCCAAAGCGCACAGACUGCGAGCCUCAGGGGUGCUUGGGUGCUACGUGCCUCGUUAGCUAUGCCAGUGCGCGUGCAACCCUCCUGGGGUCUUUCAGCUCCGGCGCUGGAAGAGCGGCCACUCUCCCCGCCCCCCGCGGGGAAGGGUGCAUUCUCCGAGGCCAGCCUGGUCAGGUGACGGUGGCGGCGCGGCCUGGGCGGAGACGCGGAAGAAGGCGCCCUCGGCUCUCGGGCGGCUCUCGGGCCUGGCGGGGGUCCAUGCUGCCGCCGGGGCUCCCGCUGCUGCUCCCGCUGCUGCUCCCGCUGCUGCCGCUGCCGCCCGCCCUCGGCGCCGCGCGCUUCGAGCCCACCUGGCAGUCCCUGGACGCGCGCCCGCUGCCCGCGUGGUUCGACCGCGCCAAGUUCGGCAUCUUUAUCCACUGGGGCGUGUUCUCCGUGCCCAGUUUCGGGAGCGAGUGGUUCUGGUGGUAUUGGCAAAAGGAAAAGAUACCGAAGUUUGUGAAUUUUAUGAAAGAUAAUUACCCUCCUGAUUUCAAAUAUGAAGAUUUUGGACCACUAUUUACAGCAAAAUUUUUUAACGCAAACCAGUGGGCAGAUAUUUUUCAGGCUUCUGGUGCCAAAUACAUUGUCUUAACUUCCAAACAUCAUGAAGGCUUCACCCUGUGGGGCUCAGAGUACUCGUGGAACUGGAAUGCCGUAGAUGAAGGGCCGAAGAGGGACAUCGUCAAGGAACUAGAGGUGGCCAUUAGGAACAGGACUGACCUGCAUUUUGGACUGUACUAUUCCCUUUUUGAAUGGUUUCAUCCACUCUUCCUGGAGGAUAAAUUCAGUUUGUUCCACAAGCGACAAUUUCCAGUUUCUAAGACCUUGCCUGAGCUCUACAAGAUAGUGAACAAGUAUCAGCCCGAGGUCCUGUGGGCGGAUGGCGAUGGAGGGGCCCCGGAUGUCUACUGGAACAGCACCGGCUUCCUAGCCUGGCUGUAUAACGAAAGCCCUGUUCGGGACACAGUCGUCACCAACGACCGUUGGGGAGCUGGUACCAUCUGUAAGCAUGGUGGCUACUAUACCUGCAGUGACCGUUACAACCCGGGACAUCUUUUGCCACAUAAAUGGGAAAACUGCAUGACAAUAGACAAGUUUUCCUGGGGCUACAGGAGGGAUGCUGGGAUCCAUGACUACCUCACCAUUGAAGAAUUGGUGGAGCAACUUGUAGAAACAGUUGCAUGUGGAGGAAAUCUUUUGAUGAAUAUUGGGCCCACACAAGAUGGCACCAUUUCUGCAAUCUUUGAGGAGCGAUUAAGGCAAAUGGGGUCUUGGCUAAAAGUCAACGGAGAAGCCAUUUAUGAGACCCACACUUGGAGAUCCCAGAAUGACACUGUCACCCCAGAUGUGUGGUACACAUCCAAGCCUAAAGAAAAAUUGGUCUAUGCGAUGUUUCUCAAAUGGCCCACAUCAGGACAACUGUUUCUUGGCCAACCCAAAGCUACUCCAGGGGCAACAGAGGUUAAACUGCUGGGACACAGCCAGCUGCUUAACUGGACUGCUCUGAAGGACAGCGGCAUCGUGGCAGAACUGCCGCCUCUGGCCCCUCAUCAGAUGCCCUGUGAAUGGGGCUGGGCUCUAGCACUGACCAACGUGCUCUAAUCUGCAGCAGAUGGUUUGUGCUGCAGUGCCGGCUAAGACUAGCAAAUGUCAAGUUUCUAGCAUUGUAGCACAAAGAGAAAGCCAAUGUAAAAUUGGUCAAGAAAAGUCAAGUAAUUAGUUAGGCAGUUCAGCCCUUUUUCCCUAAAUUACCCCUGUAACUGUUUUAACUUUGCAGUUGCAGUGCACUUUGCCGUUGAAAGCUCUUCACAUUGAAUUUCUUUCCGUGUGUGAUUCAGAGGUGGGCCUCUUUAUUUUAGAGUAGCUAGGAACUGGUGGUGUUAAGGACUGAAUUGUGUCUCCUUCGGAAUUCACAUGUUGAAGCCCUCACCCCCAAUACGACCGGAUUUGGAGACAGAGCCUUUAAAGAGGUAACCAAGGUUAAAUGAAGUCCUAAGGGUGGGACCCUCCUCCAGUAGGACUGCCUGUUGCUUAAGGCAUCCAGUCUGCGGUGUUUUGUUAUGGAAGGCUAAUACAGGUGGUGUAUUUCCAAUGCUUACAGUUGUCUUUUUAUUAAAAAAUUUUGUCUUUUUUUCCUCUUGCUAAUAAAACUGAUAUAUGUUCACUGUAGAUAUUUUAAGACAUACAGAAAUGCUCAAAGGUAAAAAUGCCCGUUCAGGUCACUGUUAACAUUUUAGUACAGACUCUUCUAGGUGUUUUGGGGAGGAGGGGCGGGGGUUGGAGGUGUGGGCCUAUUUCUGUAGAUGGGCUAAUUUGAAGUCCAGUUUAAAUUAAUAAAUCUGCUUCUUGUAUUUGCCUUCAAGCAAAUUGAAGUUGAAAACCUCGUUAAAAAUUAGGAAGUUUAUUCAGAUCUCCCCUAAGAAUGAAGCAAAAUAAUGAAGCAAAAAUAUACUGAUUUUGAUGUAAAUUUAAAGAAAUGCUGAUUAAAGCACUCACUUCCCUCAACAAAAGAUGUUCAGUAUGGCCGGACCUUUACUUGAAGUGCUGCAGGUUCCAUUUCUACAUUAACCAAAUGCAGACAUCUCACUGUUUCCAAAAAAUGUUUCAAAUAGAGGAAUAAAACACUAUUCAUAUUUAUUUCCCCAAAUCAUGCUAAAGUUGAAAAACUUAAAAAUUACUCAUUGUUGAAGUUCCUACAACUGUCAAAUUUUUGAAACCAUGCAAAGUAUUUACAAGAACGAAUACUUUCAUAGUUCUAAAUCCCAAUUAACAUCUUAUUAGAGAUCCAAUGUGGACAGAUUUAUAUGAUCCCACACACUAGACUAAGAAAAUAUAAAAGGAGGAAAAAACCCAAACAAACAGUGUUACAGAAAUCUUAUCCUAAAAGUAGGGUCAUCUCUUUCAAGAAAUUAUUUUUGAGACUAAAGCCUGUCAACCACUUAAAUUCUUACCAUGUCCUUCUUUAGCUUUACAAAUUGAGAAUAAAGGGGGAAAAUGGAAAUAUUUAAGCAAAUUAUAGUUAGAUAUAGGGUUUCGUUAAUGAGUAGCUAUGACAGGUAAAUGACAAAUACAGCUCGCCACUCAGAGGUGCUGGUAAAAUGCUCUAAUAUGAAAAAUUAUGAGACCCCAAAUUUAAAUUUAUUUAAGGUAUAUCUUGCUUGUAUGUGAAAUGUACUACAACCAGGUCUCAUAGCAAGGAUUUAAAAAUAUUCCAGCAAAUUCUUAGAAUUAUCUGUGGUAUGGAGAACAAGAAUUAUAGUAAGGAUAAUUAAAAAUAAAAUUUCUCAUUACCUCUUUUAAGCCAAUAGUUUUUAUCCUCCAACCAAUUAAUCCUUUUCCCAGAGUUAUUAAUAGGUAUAAAUUGCCUUGUUUAAAUUUCAGUAACUUUUGAUUUUUCUUUAAUGACUAGAGAAAAAGUGAAGGCAAACCAACCUAGAUUAUUAGCCUGAAUAAUCUAGACGUUGAUAUCAUUUUAAAUAUGGACAUCGCUUUAAUAAGAUUCUAUCUCAUUUUCUUAUAAGUGCCAUAUUGAAGCCACACAAUUACGCUAAAAGGUCAGGCUAUUCAAAUAAAUAUGAAUUAGGACAACAGAAAACAAGACAGAUCUUUUGCCUUCUGUUCAUUUCAAUUUUGUAAAAGACCUCACUAGAUAAAAAUCUUCCUACCUAACUCCUGACCAAAUAAAUGAAAUGCUCCUAUCAAAUUUUUAUAUAUACACAGUAACAAACACAUUUACCCAAGUUUGAAGGAGACAAAGUAGAAGCUAUUUCAAGUAAUCUCUACUUAAGCAGCUCACUAGGUUGACUGAUGCUCUCCGUUCCUUUGGGAAAGCUGAGUGACGCCUGGGGCUGGCUGCAGGCUUUCAGUUAGGGGGCAUCUGUUUGGCACACCCUUUGCUUCGAUUUCCACUUGUUACAACGGAUGUUUACCAAGGGUUCGUUGGGUUUGUUACUGUGGGGGGUUGAAGAGUAUUCUCCAACAAUUCAUGUCCACUAGGAAGCUCAGAAUGUGAUCUUACUUGCAAAGUGUCUUUGCAGAUGUAACUAAGAAUUGAGAUAAGUAUGCACUGGAUGUGGGUGGAUCCUAAAUGAGGGUAUCCUUCUAAGAGACAUAGAGAACACAGACAGAAAAGAUGACCAUGUGAGGACGGGGCAGAGACUGGAGUUACGCUGCUACAAGCCGAGGAACACGGGGCCACCAGAAGCUGGAAGAGUCAAGGAGGAUUGGAAGGGUUCUUCGCUAGAGCCUUCAGAGGGAGCCCGGCCCCAAAGAGACCUUCAUUUUAGACUUGCGCACCAGAAAGCUGAGACAAUCAAUUUCUGUUUUAAGCCAGCCAGUCAGUGGUCAUUUGUUACAGCAGCUCUAGGAAACAAACGCGGUUACCAAACUGAUGAUGCCAGUCAGACUUCUUAUCGUGAUUACAUAAGCUGAUGACAUGAGUGUGAAAAGCAGUUUCUGUGAGACCAAGUUGAAUACUUUGGAAAGACUAGAUAAAAGUAGAUAAAAGUGUGUUGCCUUUUUUUUUUAAAGGUAUUGAUUAGUUAACUCUGGCCAAAACAGUUCUAAGAGACUGAGAGAAAAUACAGUAACAAUCUACAAGAUUCACAACUAUGUAACGUAAUGCAUGUGACUGGAACAAGAAAGGCCAUUAGAGAAUGCCUGUCAGCCCGCCUAUACCGGAAAGGCAGAAAAGGCCUGGGUCCUACAUGAAAUAACUGGCAAACAAAGAAUAUUUAUAUUUCAAGUUGAAAUAUCUAAGAAUACAUGUGUUAUUUUUUUCAAGAUACCCUGCUUUAAAUGACUUUUUGGAUUAACCAAACAACUAAGGGUGCCAGACAGGAAGGCUCCUACUACACUAUUAGGAGACAAAUUUGUAACGUCUAAGGCCAAUUAGCUUCAAAUACAUGUGGUUUUUACCUUGUUAUCUGUCCAACUGCCACAACCCUACAGAUGCAGAUGAUUCCACGUGACGACUCUCAGCUGAUCAGCCUCCUACCCUUACAAGAUCACACCUGUUCAGUCUCCAGUUUUCCUUGGAUAAAAUCCUGGUUAAUAUUGCUGGAAGAGAUGGACGGCCUAUUACACACACAUUCACUAAUUUUCUAAAAUGCAGUUUUUCCAUCACUCUUAGAAAUAACAUUACUAUAUUGUCAAAUUUUGAAAAGAAGCAUUUGCCCUCCUCUCCAUCUUUACAUCUGGUGUUUUAAAAAAUUUUUUAACCUUGUAGACAUAGACCCCCUAGCAGUUGGCUUCGGGCCUAGCAUGGCCUUAGAAGAGACUUCACAAUUCAUUGUUUGCCUUCUACCGUUUAGUUAUAUGUUAUGUUGAAGGAACACAAAAAUGACGUUGCUGAAAAUAUUUCUCAUAUUACUGAAAAUAUAUCUAAUAUACUGAUGACACAUAAUGAUUCAUUUAUUUCUGCCCUAAUCACCUUUAUAAAUACAGAACUAUAGAUUUACUAGAGACAAUGAAUGAUUUUUUUCAGAAUAAAAUGCUAUUUAUUGUUUUAUAAACAAACAAGCUAAAAGAAUGUAUCAAUUACCAGUUAAAAUGAAACUUGAAAACUAGUGUAUUCUCCCCAAAAUAAGAGCAAAAAACGCUAUGGGACAAAUAACUUAAUGGCUAUAAAGUAUUAACUCAACAAAACUAUAUUUUACUAAAAUAUUUUAUUGCAAUAAGAUAUUCACUGUGCUCAAAAUCAAUACAAAGUAAGUUAUUAAAAUUAUUUACAUACAAAUGAUUGAAACUAUGUAGUUAAUAACAGCUGUGAGUAAACUGCAUCAACACAAUUUCAGCCUCUAUCUAAAUCAAUAUGUAAUUGUCUAAGGAUUGUUAACAAUAGUAAAGAAAAAAAACA